AUGGAGGAUUCGAAGCCCAGUGGCGACGCGGCUUCGUCGGCGUGCUCCCCGAGCGAUUGCUGCGGCGCGAAGUCUGCCUCCUCUUCGUGCCCUCUGUCCGCGAAGUCUUCGCCGCCCCCGCCUUCCUCAUCGUGCUGCCGAAAAUCCUCCUCGUCGCCCCUGUCCUGCAACUCCGCCGACUGCCCUUCCAAGCGCAAAUGCAUCCUGGCAACUGUCUUGUCUCCAGUUCUGGCGACCCCGCCUCUGCUCUUUCCCUCGCUGAAGCCGCUCCAGCUGGCGCCUCCUCACUGCGAGGCGUCGGAUCCUUCCCUGACCUCCGCGCGGCACGAGCUCUUCCGCUACGCGCCUCCCACCGCGAGCCCUUACGCGUCGUGCCCGUUCGCUGCGUGGCGGUCGCCCUGGGGAGCCCCCGGGGCCUUCGCCUCCUCCCUGCUCCGCGGGUGCCCUGGCGCCUCGGGCGCCUCCUCGCCGUCGCGCGACGCGCCUCCUGCGGAGCGAAGCGGCGGCUGCCCGAUUCGCGCGACGGCGCAGAGAGUUGCCUCUGGCUGGCGCUCGUGGAUGCCGCUGCGGCGAGACGCGCCUCCCCCCGCAGAGCCGCACGGUGCAGAGCCCGACGGGGCGGAGCCUGGAGCGAAACAGGACGUCGGCGAACGCGCCGGCGUCUGCCCCUUUCGCGGCUCAGAGCGCCCCUCUGGCUUCAUCCCCUGGCGGCGCGGCGCGCCGCCCGCGGAGCGGCUGAUGCAGCCCGGAGAGGCCGCCGAGGCUCCCCACGGCGAGCGCCGCGGCCUCUGUCCCGUCCGCGGCGCGGUCGGCGGCGCCUCCAGGGGCCUCUUCGGGGGUGCGCAGCGCGGGUCAGGCAGCCCUGAAGCGAAGCCGCUCGACGAGCGCGCCGCCCAUGGCGAGCUGAAUCCGCUCAACAUGAUGCCUGAGAUCUCGAACGAGCCUGGCGAGGAGGAGGGCGAAGACAACCACGCGCUGUCUACCAAACGAAGAAUCUCGACGAUUCCAAAGACUGGAGAAGACUCAACAUGGGUGUAUCCGUCGCCUCUGCAGUUCCAUCGCGCGGUGCAGAGAAAAAACAAAGAGCCACCCCCCCCCGAGGCGAUGGAAUCUACCGUCUUCGUCCAUGAUUUAGUUAACGAGCGAACUUGGAAAAAAAUUCUCCAGUGGGAGAGGGCACUGCACUCGGAAUGCGAAAAACUAACUUUGAGCCGCUUCGUUGGGCGCUCCGAGGACUACACCCCGACGGCGCGCUUUCGCCAGCUCUUCUCCUAUUUGGGUUUGCCCUUCGAUCGCCACGACUGGUAUGUGAACCGCUGCGGAGAGACGGUGCGCUACGUCGUGGACUACUACGACGACACCAGGGCAGAAGACAACAUCCAAGUCUUCAUCCACGCGCGCCCGGCGUGGUUCGACUCUUGGCAAAACUUCGCGGACAACGUCAGGCGCAUGUUUGCUUCUUCGUGA